CAUACCGCACCAGGUCUCCAUGUGUCAGCCUGUUUGGGGUGCCACUGUGGUAUGCUUCAGAGUGUCCACGCACUGUUAUACAGCCUGAGAUGCACCCUGGGAAGUGCUGGGCGUUUAGUGGCAGUCAGGGUUUCCUCACCAUCGCCCUGUCCCUCCCUGUGCGCGUCACACACGUCACCUUGGAGCACAUCCCCAAGAGCCUCUCCCCCACUGGACGCAUUGACAGCGCCCCCCGAGAGUUUGCAGUUUAUGGCCUGAGUGGCUUUGAUGAGCAGGAGGAAGGGAAGUUCCUGGGUAGAUUCACAUAUAACUCUGAUGGCGAGCCCAUCCAGACCUUUGAGCUACCGGACUCUGUGAAGGAUGUGUAUCGUGCGGUGCAGUUAAGGGUUCUCAGUAACUGGGGUAACCCUGAGUACUCCUGUGUCUACAGAUUCAGGGUUCACGGCCAGCCACUGCCCCACUGAGAGAGCCACACACCCCACAAUCUCACCAAAGACUUUAUUUG